AUGUUCAAACCCUCAGGAAGGCUGUUGACGGCGCUCAUCACGACAAUAUGUUCGUUGGCGUUCUGUCUCUUCGGCUACGACCAGGGAGUUCUCUCUGGUAUCAUCGGCGCAGAUAACCAAUUCGGCAGGGACUUUAACCGCCCAGAUGCCAAUACGCAAGGUCUCAUUGUCUCGGUCUACCAGCUUGGGAACGUGGGCGGCUCCAUCGCCAUAUUCAUGUACGGCGACCACCUUGGCCGCAAGAAGUCCAUUUUCUGGGCAACGGUGGUCAUGCUCAUCGGUGCCAUUCUUCAGACCGCUUCUGUCAACCGCGGGAUGAUGUACGCUUCUCGGAUCAUUACUGGACUCGGGAACGGGGCCAACACUUCGACUAUCCCCGUGUACCAGGCCGAGACUUCAACCGCCAAACAGCGAGGCCAGCUGAUUGCGAUUGAUUCCUGCAUCGUCAUCUUCGGUAUCCUGGUCGCAUACUGGAUGGAUUACGGCUUCGCCAAAGUAGAAGGCCCCGCCCAAUGGAGAUUCCCCAUCGGGUUUCAAUUGAUAUUCAUCAUCCUCAUUCUGGUAUUGCUCCUCUUUGCCCCAGAGACACCUCGAUUCCUCCACGCAAAAGGCAAACACGAUGAAGCCGAGGAGGUCACAGCACGUCUAGUUGGCAAGGGCGUCCCUACCAGCGACCCUCGUGUCCGCGAGCUCUCUCGAGACAUUCUGAAUGCACUCGCACUUGAAUCCGAGGGAGGCCCGUUCAGAUUCAAGGAACUCCUCCAAGGCGGAAAAUUGCAGAACUUCCGCAGAAUGUGUAUCAGCUUUGCCAGCAAUGCUUUCCAGCAGUUGGGCGGUAUUUGCGUGAUCACCUACUAUCUUCCCAAGGUCUUGGUCGAGUCGAUCGGCAUGACGCGCGAAAUGGCCCUGUUAAUCAGUGGUAUCAUCACAACCGAAUACUUCCUUGCCUCUCUUGUGCAGAUCUGGCUGGUCGACAAAUUCAACCGCCGCACGCUCAUGUUCAUUUCGAGCGCCGGUGAAAUCAUCACCAUGGUCAUCCUUGCCGUCACCACGUGGCAGGGCUCAUCUCCCGCCGGUAUUGCAGGAGCCAUCAUGAUCGCUCUGUACAACACCUUCUACGCAUUUGGCUGGCUGCCGAUUCCGUUCAUCCUGCCUGCUGAAGUGUGUACCUUGAGACUCAGAGCUAAAGGUGCUGCGUUGGCCAGCGUGGGUGCUUGGAUCAUCGAAUUCAUGGUCGUCCAGAUCACACCGAUUGCGGUCCAAAACAUCCACUGGGGUACCUACAUUCUCUUCGCCGCAUUGAAUUUGGUCAUCAUCGUCCCGACCGUCUACUUCUUCUUCCCAGAAACUGCGAACAUGCGGCUCGAAGACGUCGACCAUCUCUUCGAGGCCGGCGGAAUUACUGGUGGAGUGCUCAGGAAAGGAGGCCGUCUCGCCGAUAGACGACAAGCCAUUGAGGUGGAACACCACGGUCAGGCCGAGAACAAGAGUGACACUGCCUCUGCUGGGUCUCGAGUUGGUCAGGAAAUCUACGAGCAUGAUGAAAAGGUGUAA